AUGCUUUUUAUUGGUUUUUAUUCAAUCAUUGCCAUAUUUUUACCAUUAACUAUACAUUCUAAUAAUCAAGAUGAUGAUCAUUAUAAAGACCUUUAUUUUGAAGUUGUAGAACCAUCCGAUAUUAAUUAUACAUUUCGAUGCCGACCAGCAAAAAAUCUUGGUACUAACUUUAAUCAAUUUCUUAAAAAUAUUUAUCUAAUACCAGCUAAACCAUUCAGAGCAUGUAGUCAGUUGCAAAAUGAUUUUGAAUUAAAUGGAAAUAUUGCACUUAUUGAACGUGGUGAAUGUUCAUUUGUUACAAAAGUAAUAAUUGCACAAGAAAGUGGUGCUUUGGGUGUUAUUGUUAUGGAUAAUAAUCCUACAGCAGACGAUUAUUUUGUUGAUAUGAUAGAUGAUAUGACUCAACGCAAUAUUCUAAUUCCAGCUAUGUUUUUACAAUAUAAAGAUGGACAUAUGAUUUUGAAUUCAAUUGAAAAAAAUAAUUUAAUUGGUGCUCGAAUCAAUAUUCCAUUAAAUUUAACUUAUAAUCAAAUGUUAAAAGUGCAUAGAGCUCCAGGAUCAUAUUGGCUUUAA